AUGUCUCCCCCGUACGAAGGCAUACUCGAGAAGGGUGUCUGCACAGAUAUCAUUGAUCUUGGGAGGCCUGCCGAGGAGUCUGACCAUCCUCCUAUCCAACAACCUUUCAAAUGGCUUGCUGCCACCGCCAAACAAUCGUUCUCCGGCAAGCAGAACGGGCGAAACACUAAGCUGCACAGGACAGCGUACCUGGACGGCCUCAGAGGCUUUGCGUCGCUCCUUGUCUACUGUCUACACCAUCAGCUCUGGAAUCACUCGGGGCUCGCGUUGGAGAGCGCAUUUGGCUUCGAUGGCCACUACUACCUGGCAUGUCUGCCUAUAGUACGGAUAUUCUUCACGGGAGGACAUCUGGCCGUGUCGAUCUUCUUCGUCAUAUCUGGCUACGUGCUCUCAGCGAAGCCUUUGGCUCUCAGUCAUUCUGGCGACUACAACAAACUGGCCGAAAACGUGGGCUCGGCUCUAUUCCGACGGUGGCUGAGGCUCUAUAUCCCAGUGGUAGGCGUCACGUUCGUCGUCGCCAUGAUGCCGCACGUCUUUGGCAUCCAGGCCAACUUCAGCCCGGAACAGACGUGGAGAGACGAGCUCUGGAAAUGGUAUUGUGACUUCAAGAACGUCAGCUUUGUCUGGCGCCUCGGCGGUGUCCCUUGGCUCAGCUACCACUUCCACUCCUGGUCCAUUCCGUACGAGUUCCGCGGCUCCAUCACCAUCUACACCGCCGUCAUGGCUUUCUCGCGGUGCACCAAGACGGCCAGACUUUGCUGCGAGGUCGGCCUCAUCAUCUACUUCCUUUACAUCGCCGACGGGGCUCUUUUUGCCAUGUUCACGGCCGGGAUGCUGCUCGGCGACUUGGAUCAACUGGCAGAGCGACAACAACUGCCGCAAUGGAUGUCGUCGCUGAAGAGGUUCCAGAGUCACAUCUUUCAUGUCUUGUUCGUCCUCGGCCUCGUGCUCGGUGGCUGUCCGACUCACGUUGAUGACAUCCAGUUCUUGAAAGACUCGCCCGGUUGGGGACACUUUGCCUUCCUGGUGCCGCAGGCCGUCUACGACUAUAAAUGGUUCUUCCUGUUCUGGGCCUCAGUUUUCACGGUGGCUUCGAUUCCAAGGAUACCAUGGCUCAAGAGUUUCUUCGAAGGCAGAUUCUGUCAGUAUCUUGGCCGCAUAUCCUUCGCUCUCUACAUGGUCCAUGGUCCAGUCCUGUGGACUUUGGGCAUAAGACUCUACGCCGCCACAGGGUUGGCUCAAGACUGGCAGAUCCCCGAGGUGCCGGGCUGGGUUGAUAGAGUCCGACUUCCCCAUAUAGGGCCUAUGGGCUUGGAACUGAAUUUCCUUGUCCCAAAUUUGAUUCUGCUGCCUGUAACGCUGUGGCUUGCGGAGAUCGGUACAACGCUGCUUGAUGAGCCUAGCAUCAAGGUCUCCCGCUGGCUCUAUGAAAAAGCGACCGGUGUGGGGGAGGCCAUGCAAGAGCGAGAGGGCAAAGCUACCGACCGGACUCUCUCAAAAAGAUGA